AUGGGCUCCAAGAGCGAUCUCAACGAGAAGUGGUCUCCGAGCAUCCGCGACGACGUGCGCUCCGCGCGGGACACGCUGAAGUUCCCCAAGGGCACGCUGAGCUUCGUGGCGAAAGGCCCAGACGCACGGACCACGCAGGUGAUGAUUUCCUUGUCCGACCUCACAGGAAGACUGGGACACAAUCCUUGGGAGACGCCGAUUGGUCAUGUCUUGGAGGAGGACUUUCCAGUGCUGGACCAGUUCUUCACCGGCUACCAGGAUGCGAUUGAGGAGGAGGAGCUGCUGAAGAGAGGCAACGGCUAUUUGCAAGAGUUCUUCCCAAGAGCAUCACCCUCCAAUGCCCACUACCAUGGGACCUCGCCCAUCGGUGCACAGACCAGCCCGAGGCCCGUCCUCGCGAUGCACUCCCCGGUGUCACCUCACAGGACCACGCGGAGUGGAUGGGGACAUGCCACAGGCAAUGAUUCCAGCGUGGGGAGCUUAGCUGCGAAUGCCCGGGUUCCAGAUGAAGACUCGGAAUUGUUGGAGCGGCUGACUGCGGCAGCAGAGUGCAGGUGGACCACACAGGAGCUCACCUUUGUUCCAGAAAGCCGCACCCCGAUGACCUCGGUCUCCGCGGGCUACCCGCCAGCCAUGAAUACCAGCGAGCCCCGCGAGCCGCCACCGGCCUCAGCGGCGGCGGCCGCCGCCGCGGAAGCCGCUGCGGCCGCGGCGUGGCCGGCGUUGAGAGCCUUCGAGGAGCCCACCGAGGGGCCCGCCGAGCAGGUCCAAGUGGACCAGGGCAGUGCGGAGACCUCCUCCGCUCGUGGACAGAGCGAGGCGGAGCCGAUGAAGAGCCCCAUGAACUCCCCGCGCACCGUGGCGGUGACCGGUGUGCCCGUGUCGGAGAAGCCCUGGGAGGUCACGGUCGAUGACGAGCCAGAGGUGUUUCUGGAGAUGAUCCGCUUCGUUUACCUGAACACCUGUCAUGUGGAUCAGGGCAACGUGAAGGCGCUGAUGCACAUUGCGGACAAGUACUGCAUCGAGGAUAUCGUGAAGCACUGCCUGCAAUGGAUGCAAGACAACUUCACAGUGGGUCUUUUCUACCACUUGCUCACAGUGCAAAUGUCCCACGAGCAUUUCGGCCGCCUCCUGUGGAAUAGCUUGCUGAAGGCUCUGCGCAGCCGACGUCACUUCGCCUUGGUGACGGCAGAUGCGGAAGAGCACUUCGAGAAACUCCCAGUGUCCUUCGUGGAGGCGCUGCUGCGUUCCGACGAGCUGCCUGUGAUCAGCGAGAUUGAGGUGAUCCACCUCAUCGCCCGCUGGGCACGGGGGGCUUUGGCGCGACAGGAGAAGCGCAUUUCCCACGACGAGGACCUGGAGCGGAACUCCCACGAGGACGUGCAUGAAACCCGAAGCCAUGAGACCUGCGAUUACGACGGCCACGAUGGCCACCAGGAGCCUCCAGAAGUACAGGAUGGCUUCUCAGACAUCGGCAGCGGGUCGCUUAGGCAGCUGGGUGUGCCAGCGCUCAGCGAUACAGAGAUGGCGUUGGCCACGAUGACCGAGACGUGCAGCUGCGGAACCGCCGAUGCUGAUGAAGACAUGCACAAGGAGGACUGUAAGGCGAGAACGCUUACAGUAACCGAGGCUUCGACUGCUGGGUGCCGUGCGGAAGAGCAACACUCUGGUGCGCCUGGCGGACAUGGAGCCGAUGUUUCAGAUUCUGGGUUUGAACCGUCUUUUCUGCAACAAGCCGCCUCGGGAAACCUCGGCGCUGGACCCGGGCUUCGUGAUCUACCGUGGUGUCGGAGGCGUCAACACGCCCAGUGGCGUCUUCGGAGAUCACUCCAACAUGGUGCCCCACGCUUGGAAAGGCGUGAGUGUGUCCUUGACCAGCCAUGA